AUGGGCUCUCCCCACAGAACGCGUUAUGCGGUCGAGUCGGACCAACCGGCACCAACUCCACCGGUGAACUUGGGACCAGAAGUUACGCUGGAGAAGCACUUUUUGCCGCUGACCCGUCGCCGUUUGAAGCACGUAAUCACAACGGGACUAUGGACCACCGACCACAUCGAGACCACUUUGACGGUAGAUCAGGAAAAGGUUGGCGGCAAUGGUGCAAGGUUGUCUAAUUGUUCUGGCUCUAGGCUCAUAUGUAUCCGGAGAGAACCAUUGCUCGCUCUGGGAUACGGGGAACUGAGAAAUGUCGACGCGCAAUUGAUGUUUGAUACCUGGGAAUGGACAGCAAAUCUUGGGGCACCAGCUGCUCUGGUUGCUGGCGCAGUUCUAGCAACCAUGGUAGAAUCUCGCGAGGCCAUGUCUCCGAAGAAGUCGGAUACACAACUUAUGCGUGUCGCAAAGAAAUUGUGCCGAUUUCUACUAUUGUCUUCCUUUGGUCUGGAAGUUGUAAGCAUUUUUGUUACAACGGUGACUGGUACAAUGCUAUUGAGCCAUGGUGACACGCCGGGUACAUUAAAAAAUUUGGCGUACAACUCGCCGAUGGGGUUUCUAAAGAACAAUUGGGAGUUCGAAUAUUUGACUGCGCGCAUUGCAUUUCUCCAGGGGCUUUUCCACUGGCUGGCAAGCGUCGCUUUGGAACUAUACAUCCCCAAAGAAGCCGAAGGCGUGGCCGCGCGGCGAAUGAACAAGUUUACAUCAUCGGCGCUAGCAACAAUCCUUGUCGGCAUGCUCUCAUUCCUCAAUCGACACAUGACAUUCUACAAGAAUUAUGCGCAUAUGUUACGUUGCUACGUUGUGGUCAGCUUUAAAAUGUUUUUCUGGCCACCGCAUCCAUUGACGAUCCUCAUGGCGCCCAUGACCAUCAUUACCUUGGUUCUUGGCUUUCAAGCAUUCAUGACCUCGGGUGAUAUGGAAAAAGACUAG